GUAUGUAGUCAUAAUACAUAAUAAUUAGUAAUGUGGGCUCUUACCAUGUCCACAAUAUCUUUUCUUUAGCAAAAAGGCAUCAAAGAUAAGUUCAGUUUGUGAAUGAAAACUAAAUUAAGGUUAUUAUAAUAGAUUAUAUGCAUUCAUUUUGGGGUAUACAUGUUUGUCGUAAUAUAAAACUGUAUAGUUCAAAAUAAUCUGCAUAACAGCAAAAACACUAUACCUGCCUUUAAAGGCAUUGCGGAAGACAAAUGCGCCUGUGAUGUCCAAAUUUAGCCACACGUUGGCGCUGAAAGUCAGUCGCAUUGAAGCAGGGUAGAUGUAUUAUGUAUAGUUUAUGAUUAAUUUUUCAUAUCAUCUCUUUUAUCACGUUGUUUGGAAUAACAUCAGUACAACCAAAUAUCGCAAACUUUCCGGGGUCACUAUAUGCAGCAGAAUGAUCGCGUUUGCGCGGAGUUGCAAGAUGCAAUCUGUCUUCAUUUGCACAAAUGAGCGGAACAAAACCGUAACACAAACACUGCUACGGCAGCUGCCUCGCUUCUCACUCAUCGUGUGAUAUUAGUGUUUGAUCGUGAUCUUGUCUGCACACAGGCUGAUCCAGAGACUUCCACACACACACACAAUCACGCACACGCUACAGAGUCGAGCGCGCGCGCACAGGUUCUCACGCGCAGCGCAGUGAGCGAGAACGCAGCGGCGUUUGAUGCACUGUAACGUUUGUAGGCUAGUUCAGUAGGGUAAUGCAAUACUUUAUUUCACAUUUUCUUUAGCAACUUUCGCUUUCAUAUGUCUACAGUUCAUUUUCAUUCAAAAUGAGAAGAACUCAUCUCGUCUUAGAUUAAGUGUUCAACAAACAGAAACCAAAAGUUUAUAAGACCCAAAGGUGUUAUUCUGGGGCGCACACAAGUCUGGAGUUCAGCAUCUAAAGCAUGGCUUUGAACACUGAUGCUACUGUUCCCACUGCUGCCGCUGGUGCAGUAGAGGAAGAACCAGAACAGCAACAACCAGAGCAAGAGACCAAUCAGCAACCGGACACAGAGUCAGACCACGCCCCCAACUCCUCUGAGCCAGUCAAGAGUGAGCAGCAAGACCCAGCCUCUGUACCAAUACCUCCUCCUGCGUUAGAUCCCUCACCUUCAAACGAUACCCUAAGUAAAGAUCACCUGACAGUCAUCGAUGAAAAGAUGGAAACAAGCAAUGGGGUUUGCCCAGCUGCUGUCUACAAUUCACAACCCACCUCUUCUUCUCCACGUCAGCAGCAUGCCAAGCCUAACCAAGGCUACUCAAAUGGUCGUGCUAGGCUGAGCAGUCGUUCUGGAUCUUUGAGCCUCGCAGGGUCACCACGGCCGUCCCUUACCCGACAGCCCAGCGCAGCCACUGAUCCGGGACUUGAUGGCUCCAAACCCAAUGAUUAUCUGGUCUGGGCUAUUCUGGCCUGCCUUUGCCCUGUCUGGCCAAUCAACAUUGUGGGCUUGGCCUUUUCAGUGAUGUCUCGUAACAGUCUACAGCAAGGGAACGUGGAUGGCGCGCGUCGUCUUGGGCGGAACGCAAAGGUCCUGUCGAUCGUGUCAUUGGUGGGCGGGAUAAUCAUCAUUGUUUUAACUAUUGUCAUCAACUGGGGUGUAAUGCUUAAGACCUGAUGGUCAUCAAGAUGCUCCGGAUUAAGAAAACCACACAAUCCACAACCAAUCCAUGAUGACCAUUUUCUUCAUCUUCCUCUCGCCGUGCAUUUUUUGCAUCGCACAAGCUCCUAUAUGCUUUACAGUUUCCGACUCCAGACUCUGGAUGUUACUUUCAUCUUGUAUCGUGCCAGAACUAUCUUGAAAAACAUGAACUCCUCAGCUUCUUGAAUGAUCCAGGAUCACGACCGAAACGACAAGGCCUGCAUGUUUUUUUUCUCUCAAAGGACUCAUCAUUUUAGAUGAUGUCAGAGUGAAGACCACCAGGAUGAUCUCAUUUUAUUAGUCAAGUAGCCCUUGAGGAUAAGAGGGAAGAAUGAGGGACAUGGUGGGGGUUUGGUUUUCUAGCUUAGCAGAGAUAUUUUCGCUCAUGUAGGAGAUUAGUUUAUGUUUUCUUAGUGAUAAAAAAAUGCAUAGAUUGAUUUUAAAAAAGACUUUAAAAGCCGGGCCGAGAGGUAUGUGGGAAGAGAUGUCUCUCUCUCUCUCCUCUCUCUCUCUCUCUCUCUCUCUCUCUCAGGAUUCCUACACUGAGAGAAGAGACAGAAAGAGAGAGGAAAAAAGAGGGAGGGGUCAAAGCAUAGAUGCAGUCUUUUGUUUCACACAUAUGGAGGGAUGGAGACAGAGAGAGAGAGAUAAGGAAAGCAGUACAGAGAUCCAAGCUCAAUCUGAUUGGCUGCUUGCCUGUGGGUGAGGAAACCGAUAUCUUAAUGCUCGCCAGCAUGCCCUCCCCUCUUUUUUGCCGCUAUAUAGUCUCAGCCGGUUCCUUCCAGUCAAACAGCAAGCAAACCAUUUGUUCAUUAUUGUGUUUGUGCAGUGUGGGUGUGCGGCCACGUUUGAGGGCAUAAUGUCGAUCCAGACUGUUUUGACAGCAGUCGUGUUUUUAUACCACAAUGUUUACAAUAUAUCACGAAUAGUAACCUGUGUAAGUAGUAAUUUUAACUAUGACGAAUCAUGUCACACAGUUAAAUGAUUUGUUUUGCUGAACGAUUGAAACCUAAAUCAUUCCUAUAGUCAGGCCACACCGACUGUGCCAAAAUCCAUACGCCAGCUUUUUUUCCGGCUUAGAUGGGCAUGUUUAAGACAGAGACAGGACACGACGGGAUAAAUGUAUAUGACUUUAUUCAAGGAGUUGUUUUACACAUUACGUCCACUGUCACCAUUGAGAGAUGUUGGAUUUGGCUGAUGUUCGUAGGUUUAGGUCUCUUGCAUGCAAAUGAUUCACUGUAAAAAAGAUUUGUUACUUCAACUUAAAAAGUAUGUGUUGGUGGUGCCUCUAAAUUUUGAGUUAAUUAAAUUUAUAAAUAUUAGUCAACUAAUAUUUUUAAGCUGAAUUAAUGCAAAUUUUAGAGGUUUUAAAUUGAAACAACAAAUCUUUCACUGAUGUUUACAGCUUUUUGAUGGAGAUGAAGGCGCUUGUUAACUUUAUGAAAUAAGUAAUCUUAUUUUUUUAAAAGUGAAAUUUUUGUUGUGUAGCACUCUGUAAAUGUUCCUUAACUAAAGCGACUGAUUCAGUGUGACGGACAGUUAGAUGAUGACACGCACGCUGACUCGGGAUGGGUGGUAUGAGACUCCCCCACUUAUGGGCUUCGGCUUGUGUGAAAAUGAGGGGCUAAAAUCAUUUUUUUAAAUGCAUUCCUGAUCAUUCAGCCACCUAAACAUAAAUGAGCGUAGCAUGCACAUUUUUUAUCAGCACUAAUACGAACUGCGUGCAGUCUGUGAAUGCCAGCUUGGCUUCUGUUCUGUUGAAUUGCUCUGCUCUGCUAUUUAUAGGCUAUUUAAUCUGCUUACACCGUUCAUAUGUAUGUAUAUAUGUGUCUGUACAUAUUUGUACUGCUUCUGCUAAUCCGAGUGUCUACUGUGGACAUGAACAAUAUUCGUAAUGCAAAUCUUGACUGUUAACACUACAGUGCUUUCAAGAGUAUUUUGUAUCAGUAUGCAAACUCUGCGUAAAAAGUAUAUGGUGAGAAAUUGCUUUUUGCUGGUAUGUUUUUGGGAAUCCUAAAUGCAUGUAGCCUAAACACUGCAUGUGUUCCUAUGCUGCACAUUGUAAAAAUGUUUCAAUGACACCAGCCGAGUUUGAUUCUCUGAGUUACAAGUUUUACCUGCUGUUAAAACAAUCAUUUUUAUUCAUAUUCUUUUCGUGUUUAUACAACAUAGCCUCACAAAUUCAAUUGUUUGUUCUAUUAAGAGCACAUGUGCUAGUCAAAGCUGAAUUGUUUUCUUGAGAUUUGUCAUAAGAGACGUUAUGAUAUUAUAACAAUCCUGAUUUUGUGCAGAUUUGCCUGUGCAUGCCUUACUGAAUUGCUGAUUUGUGAUGUAGGCUACACUGUAUCUGAACCAAAGCAUUUGAUAGACCUCGCAGUAUCGAUCCAUAUUCUGCUCUGUACCGACACUGAGUAUGCAUUAAUGAGCCCAGUGAAUAAACUGUUCCUCAUUAUGCCACCUCUGUGUGUUUAUACUCUAUAUAAGCACUGUUGUCAAUAUAAACUUAUAUCUGAUGGCG